GAAAAGUUAACAAACAGCAAAGCACAAAAAAGCAGUUUUGCUAUCUCUUUCCCAAAAAGAAGAUAAAAGAUGAAUUCAUUGGUGAAAUUAAACCCUCUUUGUUUUUCUCUCUCCUGUGUUUUCUAUAGCUACACACAUCAGUAAACUUUCUAUUCCUCUCUGCUUUCGCUGUCUCUAGUAGCACUUCCUACACUCUGUUGUCUGUGUGUGAAUCAACUCUUUUUGAUUUUCCAGAAACAACCACACAAGACCAAGGUCAUAUACUAUGUAAAAUUUCUCUCUGCUUAACCAUAUCACUGGAGAUCUGUUUUUGGAACAAUGGGAGGUUGUGUUUCUACUAGUAGUAAGAGUACGUGUAGCAGCUGGAGCAAUGGAGAUAAGCCUGUGCCUCGACCAUAUCUUGGGAUUGGUUGUUGUGUGAGCAAAAGAGCCAAGAGAACGUUUUCAGACCAUAUUGUCUCACUGCAGAACUUGACCUCUAUACCAAAUCGUAUCAUCACAAGCAGUAAGAGCAGGAGUUCUUGCAUUUUCACUCAGCAAGGACGCAAGGGUAUUAACCAGGACGCCAUGAUUGUGUGGGAAGAUUUUAUGUCUGAGGAUGUAACCUUUUGUGGUGUAUUCGAUGGUCAUGGUCCUUUUGGUCAUCUUGUUGCUCGCAGAGUGAGAGAUACAUUGCCUGUGAAGUUGCAGUCUUUCUUUCAGACACUUCAGUCAAAGCAAAACAGUCGGUUCAGAAGAAGUUCAAGCAAAUCAGCUGUCCAAGAAGAUGUUAAAGAAGGAUCUGAUGAAGAUAAACUGAAAGGCUUGUGGGGAGAAGCUUUCUUGAAAUCAUUUAAAGCCAUUGAUAAGGAACUAAGGUCUCAUCCUAAUGUGGAUUGUUUCUGUAGUGGCAGCACUGCUGUUACAAUUCUCAAACAGGGGCCUAAUCUCUUCAUGGGGAACAUUGGUGAUUCUCGAGCCAUCCUUGGAUCAAAAGACACUAAUGAUACUAUGGUAGCAACUCAACUAACUGUUGAUCUGAAGCCGGAUUUACCGAGGGAAGCUGAGAGGAUCAAACGGUGUAAAGGUCGUGUCUUUGCUUUGCAAGAUGAGCCAGAGGUGUCACGAGUUUGGCUACCUUUUGAUGAUGCACCUGGACUGGCCAUGGCUAGGGCGUUUGGUGACUUCUGUCUGAAAGAGUAUGGAGUCAUUUCCAUACCUGAGUUCACUCACCGUGUCCUUACAGACAAAGACCAGUUCAUUGUUCUUGCCUCAGAUGGAAUUUGGGAUGUGCUAAGCAAUGAAGAAGUGGUUGACAUUGUAUCUUCAGCUUCAAGCCGUGCAUCAGCAGCUAGGAUCUUGGUGAACUCAGCUGCACGUGAGUGGAAACUGAAGUACCCUACUUCAAAAAUGGAUGAUUGUGCAGUGGUGUGUUUGUUUCUUGAUGGGAAAAUGGAUUCUGAGUCGGAUUACGAUGAGCAGGGCUUCUCUUCAGCAACAAAUGCUGUAGAAUCAGAUGAUGGACAAAGAUCAGAACCGUGUCUACAAAGAAACUUCACAGUUAGAUCAUCAUCAGAUCAGGAGAAUGAGACUUAUGGUAAUGUGAAUGCAGAUACUGAGGGAGAGGAUGAGAAAACUGUAGGAGAUCAAAACUGGUUGGGGCUAGAAGGUGUUACACGAGUGAACUCACUCGUCCAGCUUCCGAGAUUCUCUGCAGAAAAUUCCAAGACUUGAGAUUAGCUUCUUAAUUUUAUCUCUAAGAACUGUUUCUGAGAAAAAGUACUUUGUUGUUGUCUCUUAGGUUGUUAUGCCUAAACAUUGUGAGCCACUCAAAUCUGUUUUUUUUUUCCUUGGCUUGUGUUUGUCUUUCCCCACAUCGAUUCUCUCUCAGAAUCUAUGAACCAAAUGUAUGUAAACAUGUUUUAGGUUUCUAUCUAUAUAAGAAGAAGAAAAACUGUGCUUGCUGUUUUUGACAGUAUAACCCCAAUGAAUUCAAUACAAG